CCUUACUAUAAUGAUGGAUGUUGUGGGUAUAUAAAUAUAAUCUAUAAUAUUUUAGUUGAUCAAUGGACCAAAUCAUAUAGAAACCUUAACUUAAAAUCAAUUUUUUAUGAGAAUGGUAUUGUACUCUUCUAUUAAGGAUCUGAAUUAAUAACAACGAUUCUGAACUUUUUCGAAAUGAGAGGAAAAACUUUGAUGAUCUCUCAUCUCCUCUCCAUAUGAAAAUAAUAAUGGAUAUAUAAUUUUCAAAAGAUAUCUCAGAGAAG